CUCCAAUCGAAAGGGGGCAGUGUAGAGUAGUUGCAUCCGUUUGCAACACGUCAUAUCCGUAGUGCUCCAUCGUGGGGAGUAGCGCGAAGCUAACGAGAGUGUCGUAUAGAAAAAAAGAUCAUGGCGGCGGACGAUUAUCCUCACGAGAUAGACGAUCAACUGAAAGGCUUUGAAUCAUCGGUGUUAAGCGUCAAAAACAUGUUGGACACACUUAUGUCGAUGCCCAGAAAUGAGCUGGAGCAAAAGCUGGAUCCUCUGGACCAGGCUAAACUCGAUCUGAUGUCUGCGUACACACUCAAUUCGUUAUUCUGGAUGUAUUUGGUAACACAAGGCAUCAACCCAAGAGAACAUGGCAUCAAACAAGAACUGGAGCGAAUAAGGACACACAUGAGCAGAGUGAAAGCCAUCGCGGACAAGAAGAAGGCGGCUCGUCUGGAUAAGGGUGCUGCCGAACGAUUCAUGAGGAACGCCCUCUUUGAUCCAGAGGAUAAGGCGUCCAAGAAAAAAGCGGCGGCUAACAAAACACCCAACGUGAAGCCAGCGAAGCGGCCAAAAAAAAGCUGAAGAGGAUGUUUUUGAAUGCCUUGAGCGGAACUCAUCCAGAACUGUUGCAGAACGUCUUUCUAAAAUGGCCUCCGUCAGUACAUUUGUGUUCAUCAUUUUUGAGGAAAUGAUUAUAUAUUUUGAUUUAUGCGUUUAGUAAGACUUGUUUAGUAUAAUGAAAAUAUCUUUCAGGGCGUUAGGAUUUUUUUCAUACACAAGUUUGAUGCAAAACGUUCUGAAAGUGAUUCUAUGAAUCCAGUUGGAUUUUGUUUUUCCUGUUAAGUCCUGUGUGUUUCUUCAAGGGUUGGCACUUGACUUAAACACUUUGAUGUUA